AUGAUUGUGUUUUGUACAGACAUUGCAUAUUAUUUAUUUAUGUCGAGCGGUGAGUCGUCCAUUUGGCUUUUUUAUGCCCAGCCAAACACUAGUUAGAACUUUAUUUAUUCCAUAACUGAACAUGAUAUAACAUAUUGAAUCAUACUUUCAGGUGUAUCAAUGCUGUGACGUCUUGUUCUAAAUUAUGUGGGUGGAUGUAAAAUUUGAAUGAUCAAACUGUUUUGUAAUGUUUUGGGUGGACAAAGAGCAACACAAUAUGAACACUGUACCCAACAAAGCCGAAGAUGAGAGUUGCUUCUGUACAACUAGUUUGAAGAGUGAAUUAGACGACGUAUCUUUGAGGCGUAUGGUUGAUUUAGGUUCGCGAAUAGAUCGUCUUUAUCUUGGAAAAUAUAUUCCUCUUCGAGAACAAAAACUUCUGCAGAGAUUGGCACGAACAAGAGCGGUAUACGAUGAUAUUAGAGCUCAAAUAAUAUCUGAUAGUACAGUCAGUCAUACAGUCAGUAAAAGCACGAAGUGUGAUGACUGUUCUAGACACGAAGUAUCUGUUAGAGAUUUAGAUGACACGGAAAUAAGUAGUGCUGUAUUAGGCAUAAUUAAUAUGGCGGAUAGAGGCGAAAUUGGAACAAAGAAGCUGCAUCAUGGUUGCAGCUGCUGUAGUUGUUCUUCUGAAAUAAACAUUCAUGAACCGUAUUUUAAAAGAAGAAAAAUUAAACGACCAUAUAUUUCUGGAAAUGGGAGUAAAGCCAAGGAAAAGCGACGAUCUAACAAACAACAGGCAGUGCGGCUUAAGACAAAACCCAUAAGGUCAGAUCCUUGUACUUGCACAUUUGAAUCAUUUAAAAAACACUCAAAACAAAUUCAAGACGCGCACCUCAGACCUCCAUCACUUUUUGAUUUACAGCCUACGACUGACGAAGAAGCUAAACAAAAACGUAGAACAAUUAGUGAGAUUGUACGAACGUCGAAUCAUAACUUAAAACAAUUAAAUAUAUGCAUCAAAGAUAAAAUAUCAAAAGGAAUGACUAAAGUCAGAAAGUCCCAUACACGACUGCAAGAGCUUCUGACAAAAAACCAGCCAAAGGAUAAUAUACCAUCAAAUGUAACAAGAGGAACAAAAGAAAAGAUUGUACAAAAAUACUCACAUGAUAUAGCUUCGGAUCAUGAGAUUUCUUUACUAGUUAAAAAUGAUUCUUUUAAAAAAUCUAAGGAAGGAGGAAAGAAACAAAUUAUAAAAUACUGCAAUUGUGAUUCAGAGCCUGAGAAAUGCAUUCUUAAAUUGAAACAUAAAAAAAUAUCUCGUAACAAUCAGUAUCUUAGAGGAAUUAAUUAUAACAUUAGAACAGAAGGGCGAAAAGCUGGAGAGUCAUUGCGUCAAAUGAAUCAUAAAAUUCAAGCCCAGAAAUUACCAAAGGGUAAAAUUAUCAAGACACGAAAGCCAGCUUUGUUAAACAAACAAACACGACAAAUGAAUAACAUAAGUUUUACCAAACGUCCAAAAAUUAAAAAGGUACAAACUUUAGAUAUUCCAAAUACCAAAAAAAACGAAUUAAGACAUAAAUAUAUUCAGUCUGAUAAAAAUAUACCAGGACUUGAAAUAUUAACAGAUGCCAGUUUAAGGCCAUAUCAAUAUUCAAGAGUCACAAAUGGUCGCAAAGAGCCGCUUAAAAAUACAAAAUGGUAUUUGCAACAACAGGGCUCCCAAAUAAAAUUAUUGAAUGACACUAAAACUCGUGGUAGUGCAUUGAAGCGUUGUUAUUGUGCCUUGAAACUAAAAGUCAAAACAUCCAAAUCAAAAAAUAAGGGACAAAGAACAAACAAGUUCACGUUCGAAAAACCAGCUUCGACGUUUUUAAAUGACGGUCAAAAGAUCACUGGCCAUAAACGAAUGCAAGGCAAAAGCGUGCGUACGAAACCAAACUGUGUAUGCCAGUGUGAUUCGCAUCAAAAUAUUCAAUUAAAAAAUGCGCGGAAGGCCAAUGACCUUGACUCUAUUUUUCAAGUACAAGAUAUCAGAUCGACUUCGAGCUUAACAACAGAUUUCAAAAAAUCUGAAAAAGAUAAGUACGCCCAAUCGUUGAUCACAUUUCAUGAUAAUACUCCUAUUCCUGUAGUAAAUGGAAAAAAUUCUAGACAAGGAGAUUCGAGCGGUAUUUUAUACAAACAGGCUGUUCGAGUUGAUUCAAGUGUUAGUUUUAAUAUAAAGUUUGAUAAAGUUAGCGCUUACGGAGACCAAAAUGUUACAAAAUCUUCAGAUAUAAAAAGCUUGAUAACACCGAAACAAAAAACAUAUCAGAUACCGAAGCUGGAUAAUUAUAAAGAAAAUUUAGAAACUUUAUAUAUAGAUAGUGCAAAUCAAAUGAAUAAGCGUUACUUUCAUACUGGUUUUUCACUUAGAAGAUGUUGCAAUAAACUAAAAUUACAUAUAAAGAAAACUAUAAAAAAAUUUAGAAAAAAAAUGGUACAAAGUACAAAACGCUCAGGGGUAAAAUCAAUCGAUACAUCAAAUAAGAGUACCAAAAUAGAAUCAAAAUAUUUAAAAUCUUCAAAACCGUGUGAAUGUGAACCUAUUACGUGUAUUUCAGGAGAAAUUAACCCUUAUAUUUGUAUACAAAGAGCUGCACAUAAUAAACGUCUGAUUGAAGCUGGCUCAAAUACAACUCGCUCAAAAUCAGAAUCAACCUCUAGUGCUACAUAUCCAGAAAAUAAAAAGUCUGUUGAAGUUCGAUAUAAAUUGAGAGAAAAAGAAAAAAAAAUGUUGACUAACAAGCAAGACCAAAAGAGAUCUAUUGAAAAUGAAUUUAUACCAAUAUUUUCUUCUGUAACAAAAUCAGAACAAUCUAUUAAAAUAGGUUCUACGUUGAGCUUCAAGAUUGAGUUGUAUAAAAAUAAAUUACCUACUAAAGAAAAUAAACUAAUGUUAAAAAAUACAACAAAAAGAAUAAAUAAUAAGGAAAAAAUCAAAAGAUUCAAAAUUAUUAAUGUUGGUCAAAUAGAAACACAAGUUCAAGGGCCAUGGACACAUAAAGGUUCUGUUGCAAGUUCUAUAUUAAAAAGAUGUAACUGCUCAUUAAAUUUACAAAAAAAGAAGCAAAUGUCUGUAAGUGAAACAAAAAGAAGCAAAACAUUUUUGUUCCAAACUCCUAGAAUUUAUACAGUAGCAAGGGUAAUGAUUAAAAAUAAACACAACUCAAUAAAAUCUGGCACAAUAUAUUCAGCCCAUUCAAUUAGUAGGCCAGUUAGCCAAUUUAAAAAAUAUAGACAGCAAAUAAAAGAAUUAGUGACGCCCAAUAAAGAGACUUUUGAAAAUAAUCAAGUGGUUCGUAUAUGCUCCAGCUUGAAAAGAACAGUAAGAACAAAAGUAAUACAAGACACUAAUAAUAAAAGAAAAGUAAAAACAAAUACAACAACUACAUUAUCACCUUUGUAUGUUCACCAAUCCUCGCAACAACACACAAUUACUCGCUUUCUACCUCGAUCUAAUAAAAGUGUUAGUGCAAGGAAAAGAAACUUAAAUUAUCAAACGAAUCAAACUAAUUUUAUAAAUACAGACGGUAGUGGAGUCCGCAAUAUUGUCGAAAUGCCAAAAUUUAGAGGCAUUAAAGGUAAACGUGAUAUAGGAGCUGUUAAAAUUGGAUCUAAUGUUAGUUUUAGUAUAGAAUUUAACAAGAAAAAAUUUUUACCACAGUCUACUACGACUACACCAGUUUUCGAUAAUUUUUUUUCGAUAAAACGAAUAAAAAGAAAUAAACUUCAUGAUCGCAGCAAAAAUAGUUUCAAACAAACCAAUUCACGGAAAACACCAUUAAAAAGAUGUUUUUGUUGUUUAGACCUUAACAGUAAUAUGAAACCUAAGGUGCCAUUUCAUCAAACUAUCAAAGUCGGGAGAGUAUCUGUGCAAAACAAUCCUAAAUUGAUUACGAAGGAGUUAUAUUAUGUUAGACCACAAUCACUUGCAGCAAACCUAAAUCAAAAAAUCAAAAAUGUUACCUUUUCAAAUUCACGUAAUCAAUGCCUCUGUCAAGAUAAUGAAGAUAUAGUAUCUGAAGACAUAAAGACUAUUUUACCUUAUAUGCCUAAAAAAAUUAAUGGAACUAGUAGUACAACAAUACUACCUCCACAUAAUGAAAUUAUGAAAUCUAAAAAGAGAAAGAAAAAAGGUGGUAAAAGGCUAACCCGUAAGAGAUCUCAUAUUUAUUUAAAUAACAUUCAAACAAAAGGGACAAAAGGAAGAAAAAACAUUUUUGGCAUCAAAUAUUUUAUUCGUUAUUGUACGCAAAUAUUGCGUAAGAAUAUUAACAAGAAUAAUAAAAUGAUGUUUUCCAAUUAUGAAAAUUCAACCAAACCUAAUCAAUGUUUGUCUAAACCGAGAAUAUACGAAAAGACGUUUCAUACAAAUCCUAUUGUUAAUUUAUUACAUCAAAGUAUAUACACAAAACAAGAGUGUAAUGCGAAAACUUGUAAACUAAAAAAUAUUAAACCUAUCUCGUUAAAUGUGGAAACGAAUACAAAAAGAAAGACUGUCAGUAAUAAGAAAACCGGAGCUAAUCUAGCUAAAGUAAGGAGUAUGAAAGACGUUCACGUUCAGAGGAACAAAGUCCGCUUUUUAAACACUGCAAACCCUACUAUAAAUCUGAAGAGAGAAAAAAAGAAUAUCUAUACGUUGUCAAACACUAACCAUCCCCAGCCAGUUAAGUCGAAACACACACAGCUUGGUCGAAUUAAAAUAAAUAAAGAAGAGUUGUUUAAAGGAGCGGGUGAUCGAUAUUUAAAUAAUAAAAGAGAGACCUGCUUUAGUAAAAUGCCAUUAUUUGAAAUGCAAUUAGAUUCAGGUAAUUAUAAUAUUUUAAACAAGGAUCAAGUUAUCGAUAAUGUUAUACAUUCAAAUACAAAAUGUAAGAAAAAGCCUUUAAUUGAAGUUCAGCUUGACUCGAAAAAAUUUCAUAUACUAAAUAAAGAAGAAGUUUUUGAUAAAGUUAUCAAAACAAAAACAAAGAGAGGUGGGUUUAUUGGAUCACUGCUGGACGCUGUUAGUGUUAUCCAUAGAAAGUCAUGUAAGUGUCAACGCUGUGAUUGUGCAUCGCGCAAAAUAGUUGGAGAAAAAGCGAAAGGUAAAAGCUACGAUUCUUUAAAACACCAAAAAUACAAGAAUAGGAGAGUCGGUGAACAUCUCGACCAUACCUGUGAUAUCUACAUGGCGUCCUUGAGGAAACGGCGUUUCCUAUCAGUUUAUAGAAUGUUCCCAUCGUUUUACCCACAUUUCUUGUCUCUGCUCCACGCUUGGAAACAGUUUAUGGAGAUUUUAAUGUUCAUACUUGCAGCCGUUGUGUGGAGUCCUUGUAUAUUGUGUAUGGAGUUAUGUCGCGCUUGUAUGUGUUGCUUUUUCUGCACAGGGUGAAUUUUGUAUUGUCGAUAAUAAAAUUUUACAUUCUGAAAUGGACUUUUAAAUUACCCGAUUCAAAGAAAAGUCAAACUAUGAUAUUAUAUUGAUGUUUAAACAUAUCCUGGGAAUAGCUGUG